AUGGCAGCUGCUUGCAGUUGGCUUGUCGGGGUCCUGCUCCUGGGCUGUCUGGCUUGGCCCUCGCAAAGCCUUGCUGUGGUUGGCUAUGUGCCAGACUACCGCUUCAGCGACAUCGACUGGAGCAAGGUCGUCGCACGAACAUCGCACGUUGUUCUCUUCUCGCUCACGCCGACUCAACAAGGAUUGGAGGGAACCGGGCUGAUCCGAAACCUUCUGCAUCCGCAGUCUCCACUGUCCAAGGUGCUCGAACACCAGGGCUCCCAGGCCGCCAAGGUGCUCGUCAGCAUUGGUGGAGCUGGACGUUCACAGGACUUCGCAGCUGCUGUCUCCAGCAAGAAGGGUCGCAAACGCAUGGCAAAGCUAAUCCUGGAGUUUCUCAGCGAGGUGCCUCAGCUGUCCGGUGUGGACUUCGAUUGGCAGGUUCCCACGACUUCGGCAGAGUGGCAGAACCUGGGCAAGCUGGUUCAGCUUCUUCGAACUAGCUCACGGGCUGGUGAAGCUCCAGUCAUUACGAUGACCUUCCACGCAAUGUCGGGGGCAAUCAGGCACAUCGCUUCACUGCGCAGCCAAUCUUCCGACCUCGGUUUUGUCGAGCUCUUCGACAUGUGUCAUGCCAUGACCUACACCAUGAUGGACAGCUCCGGCCGCCAUGCCAAUGAGAAGGUGGACAGAGAUACCAUCCAGGCCUGGGGGAAAGCUGGCCUGCCUCUAGCGAAGCUGACGCUAGGCACUCCUUUCUUCGGUGUGAAGGCCGGUGAUGAGCCUCGCACCUUCGCAGAGCUUGUGGCCAAGGAGCCUAGACUACUGGAAGACCCAACGAUUGACGUCAGCAAGGAUGGCUAUUUCUUCGUGAAUGGCUACUCCCUCACCGAGAAAGUCCGGCUCGCCGAGAAGGAGGGCCUGGCUGGCGUCAUGAUCUGGGAGCUAGGGCAGGAUGUGAUUGAAGAUCGUGGGAGCCUGCUGUGGCAAGCUUGGGAUGCGGCACAGAGGGCACAGAACAAGGGCAUUUUCCACGGCCUCUUCGGCAUCGUGCUAACGGAAGACCACAUGUUUGGCAUGCUGACGUUCAUGAUGGGAGGCUACUACCUUGCCAAGACACUUGCAAGAGCUGCACGGCCGGCGAACAAUACCCACAAGAAGCAG